AUGGAAGACAACCAAAGCAGUGGACAGUACGACGUGAAUGAUGCGACGCUGAAAUUUGUCAAACGGAGAGACGACAUAACUUUAGAUGAUGACCCCAACAUUCUGAGAGCAGAGAUGUCUUGUGGCCAUGCAGUGUCCCCUCAAUCGCUGACUGCCUGGUGUCGCAGUUUGCUGGACCAGGGUCAGUAUAAAUUUUACUGUCCAGCUAUCACACAUGGGACAGAAAAAUGCAGUGCAGAGUGGCCAUACUUGGAGGUCAGGAAACUGGCAGUGCUUAGUGAUUCAGAGCAGGCUCAUUUUGAAGAGAAUAUGGCUCUUCUGGUAGCAGCUGAGUACUGCGAGUUCAAAUCAUGUCCAAGCUGUGAGUCCUAUGUUGAGCGAGAAGACCUGAGCAACCUGUGUGUGAAAUGCACCAUCUGCACAGCUGUGAAAAAGAAGAGCUUCCAGUUCUGCUGGCAGUGUCUGAGGGAAUGGAAAGGACCAGCUGCUCAUUCUCUACGCUGCAGUAAUGAAGACUGUGUCCACCCAGAUGUUGACAAGCUAGCAAAAUGUACAAAUAUGAGGCUGUCUUAUGUGAACAAUGUAGAGUGUCCUGCCAUUCGUGCCUGCCCAACCUGCGGUCUGCUUUUAGAACACAAUGGGUUCGCUUGUAAAAACCUUAUGUGUAAGCGCUGCAAGGUGGAGUUUUGCUUCCUUUGCCUAAAGCUGAAGCGUAUUUGCAAUCCGAUCUGUGGACCUUAUGAUGUCUGUUCAGUUGCACCACGGCAGACUGAAAUUCCAGUUUGGAAAAGAUAAUGUUAGAGAUAGGA